AUGGGUUCUAUUUCCACGGGAAAGACCAUUGAGAAACUUUGUACACUAUUUGCUGCUUAUGGUUUACCUGAGGAGUUGGUGUGUGACAACGGCACAUCUUUUACCAGCCAGUUCAGGGAGUUUCUUAGGAAAAAUGGUGUGAAACCAACAAUUUCUCCACCAUAUCACCCUGCCUCCAAUGGAGCAGCCAAGCGUUCUGUUCAAGAAGUUAAGAAAGACGAGUCAAGGAAGAAGCAGGAAAUGCGGAAACGAGCCUCAGAUAGGCUUAGAGGUGCUUGUAGAUUUUUUAAUGAAAAUCAGAAGGUGUUGGUUAAAACGGUCAGACAGGAGAAAGUUAGUUGGGUCUCAGGUCGUAUAUUACAGUGUAAAAGUCCAGUUACAUAUUUGGUUAGUGUUCUUGGCAAAACAAGAGUCUGCCAUGCAGACCAUCUAAGGCCAAUUGAGGUAGAGGAGGAUGAAAAUCAUCCUGGAAAGUGA